UUAAGAAAAUGUUUUACAUUUAAAACCCGUACAACAUAGAUGCAUUUAAAUGCAAAUGAUGUAAUAAAUCAAUAUGUAAACAUUACUCGUAAAAUGUUUUUGAUUUACUAGAUAUACUAUUAAAGGAGUUAUCGUCGUCUUAAUAUUUCUAAUUAAAGCAUUAGUCAAAAUGGAUGAGGAAAUACUGAACACGAUUCAUUCACGUUUUGGAAAAAAUGUAAAUAUAGUCGAUUGCGAAAAAAAAUUUGUUGAACAAGAAGAAGAGACUUUGCUUGUCAAUGGGGUACCUAUCAAGUUAGAUAAUUUAAGUGGAGAUAAAAAUGCAAUAAAAACUGCAUUACAAAAUGGUCAAAUACCUUCAAUAGAUGUUUUCAAUGAAAUGCUUUUACAAGCAGGCAUUCAGAAACAAGAAGUUCAACUUGAAACAUCAAUAUCUGUUAAAUCGAUUGUCACAACAAAAGAAGAAAUAUCUAUCUCUCGUAAAGGUAAAACACUGGAAAAUCAAAAAACUGAAACUCAAGAAAAUUAUUUAUAUGAAUCGAAACAAAAAGAAUCUCUUCAACCAUUCAUAAAGAAAAAUAACGGAAAAGAUUGCAAUAACCUUAAAACAAAAUUUGGUUCCAAUGCUACUUUUGCAAAGGAUUCCACAACUAAUAUUAAGCAAUCUGAGCAUUUAGUAACAAGCAACAAUCCAUUAAAGACUUCUUUUAGUAAUUCUGAUACAAAUGCUAGUUACAGUAAUAUAUCAGAAUAUUCAACUAUGUCUGCCAACUCAUCAACAGAUUUAGAAAAUCAUGAUUCCGCUAUAGGUGAUUUGCUAGAAACAUACAAUUUAAGCGAUCACAGCAAAAAGUCCACAACUAGUUGUGAUUCAGGACAUCAUGGAGAUGUAAACAAUAUUUCUGAUCUGGAGAUGGAUACAACAAAACUUAUCUCGAAGUUAAAAUAAUUCCAAAAUAGUAUUAAAAAUGAUUACACAUAAAAUCAAAAGCAAUACAUUGUAACAAUUAAAAUUAUUUUAAAAAUGAGCUUUUUCUCUUUAUUCAGAAAUAAAUUAU